AUGUCACCAGAGGAAAUUCUUCAUAUUGCAUAUGAAGAGUUGGUUGAAGUAGAGCCCAUGACAUCAAUACCAGAGUUAUGCUUAAUGGACAAAACCUACCCUCCGAUGAUGCCCUUAGAUGUGGUAAGAAUCCCCCUGUAUGCUGCCUUACUUCUGAAGAAAUCGAACAUGUGCAAAAUAAGACUUCCAUCGUACCUACAAUUAGAGAGUCUUAAGGCAAUAAUGGAUACAGAAGUGGAAAAAAUCGAUGAAUAUUCACACAUCCAUCCUUAUUUUUUUCCUCUUGCAGGCGAGCUUCUGGAGUGCUGCUAUAACACUGAGAACAUAGAAGAGAGUAAAGUGAUGAUUGAGAAGAUCAGGGAGAUAAGGCUUGCAAAAACACUCAAGGGUAUCAAAUGCUUGGAUGGAAGGGCCUUGAACAUGAAUAAUAUAACAUUAUUUGAAUUCAACGAAGUCAAGGAACUUAUACUUGGGUCUGCAGAGGUUGGACGGAAGAUCGAGGGCCUAUCCAAAAGCCAAUGA